UAAAGCGGCCGGCGUCGGGAUUUAAAAAAUAGAAUGGGCUCACCAGAGUGCAACAUUCAUCGUAAAAAGACGGAAGAGCCGCCAUGGAUGAGGUUGGAAUAAGCUACAGCGCAGCAGCCGUUGACUUUGAUUCUCAUAUACUAACCUCCAUCAUAUCACUUCUUUCCAUGUAUAAAUACUUGGUGUUAGCUAGCCGUAACACCUCAAACCAUCUGGGAAUUUGAACGUAACAGUCACAGAACACCAAAUUAAAAAAUGGCAACUCAACCGGUGAUCAAAGUCGUCGCCCUCUGCGGUUCCCUCCGCAAAGCUUCUUACAAUCGCGGUCUCAUCCGCGCCGCGAUGGAGAUUUGCAAGGAAUCAAUCAACGGGAUGGAGAUAGAGUACGUGGAUGUAUCGCCCUUACCGAUGCUGAACACCGAUCUCGAGGGAGACGACGGGACAUUUCCACCGGAGGUGGAGGAAUUCCGCCGGAAGAUUCUCGGAGCCGAUAGCGCACUCUUCGCUUCUCCGGAAAACAACUUCUCCGUCGCUGCACCUUUGAAAAAUGCGAUUGAUUGGGCGUCUCGGCCGCCGAAUGUGUGGGGUGACAAGACGGCGGCAGUCGUGAGCGCCGGAGGAUUCCUAGGGGGAGGAGUAGGGCAGACCCACCUACGGCAAAUCGGAGUUUUCCUGGACCUCCAUUUCAUCAACAAACCUGAGUUUUUCCUGCAGGCAUUCGAGCCUCCUGCAAAGUUCGAUGCCGACAGUAACUUGAUCCAUGAGGCCACCAAGGAGAGGCUGAAGAAUACCCUUUUAUCCUUGCAGAAAUUCACACUGCGCCAUCUAAGCAAGACUGAAUAAUUUGAAUGAGUAUAAGAAACGAAAUUCAGCUCUCUUAUUCCCCUUUUUUUUGAGUGUGAAAUAAAAGGACUUAACAGUCUGGGUUUGUGUUA